CCUUCUCGGCACCUCCUCUCUGGAAAGCACCCGUUACACGCAUCUUCUCGUCGUUUCGAGCCAGCUAUGCAAAUGCAGGUGGUUCCAACAGACCCAUCAAAGAGCAUUUCGUGGCUGAUAAGAAAAGAGAGGCCAAAGAUCGUCAAGCGGCAUAUGACAGGAAAACAUAUCAACGCAGACGAGAAGACCCUGAACAAUGGACUGAAUUCGCACUAGCGCAGAGACAAACUUAUCAGAUACGAAGUCGCAGCGAUUCUGAGUACGUCGAGAAAAGGCGAGAGCGAAGUCUUUCGCACUACCAUAUAAAGACCGCUACAGACCCCCUGUAUCCUCUAAAGCGGAAGAUCUACUACUGGACGGAUUUUCUUUGGGUCCGGCGCGUUUGUGCAAGUUGUAGAAACUUCAGGAUAGAUGGUCUCAAGUUAUGGUGGCAGCGUCGCACUGCUUCGGACCCACCGUUGUAUGAUUGUCCAAGGUGUCUUCUAAAGACUUGGCCUUUGUUUAUGCCUGAAGGCUAUGAGGAUGUUU